AGAUAGGGGACGUAGCCAGCGGUGGGUGGGGGGGAGGCAGAGGGAGGUUCUCCUAGAGAGGUGUCCCGGCCCCGUUUGUGGAUGAUAAUGCGUCUUUCCAAAGCGCUGGUGGACAUGGAGCUGGCUGACUACAGCGCUGCUCUGGAUCCGGCCUACACCACUCUGGAGUUUGAGAACAUGCAGGUGCUGGCGAUGGGCAGUGAUGUCUCCCCGUCCGAAGGAGUCAACCUCAAUGCCCCCAACAGCCUGGGCGUCGGCGCUCUGUGUGCCAUCUGUGGAGACCGGGCCACGGGCAAGCACUACGGGGCCUCCAGCUGCGACGGCUGCAAGGGAUUCUUCCGGAGGAGCGUGAGAAAAAAUCACAUGUACUCCUGCAGGUUCAACAGGCAGUGCGUCGUGGACAAGGACAAGAGGAACCAGUGCCGUUACUGCCGGCUGAAGAAGUGCUUCCGAGCGGGGAUGAAGAAGGAAGCGGUGCAGAAUGAACGCGACAGGAUCAGCACGCGCAGAUCCAGCUACGAAGACAGCAGCCUGCCUUCCAUCACCGCCCUCCUCCAGGCGGAGGCCCUCUCCCAGCAGAUCACGUCUCCCGUUCCGGGCCUGAGCGGAGACAUCAGGGCCAAGAAGAUCGCCAGCAUCGCGGAUGUGUGCGAGUCCAUGAAGCAGCAGCUGCUGGUGCUGGUGGAGUGGGCCAAGUUCAUCCCGGCCUUCUGCGAGCUGCCCCUGGACGAUCAGGUGGCACUGCUGCGGGCCCAUGCCGGGGAACACCUGUUGUUGGGAGCCACCAAGAGGUCCAUGGUCUUCAAAGACGUGCUGCUCCUAGGAAACGACCACAUCGUUCCACGGCACUGCCCGGAGCUGGUGGAGAUGAACCGAGUGGCCAUGCGAAUCCUGGACGAGCUGGUGCUGCCCUUCCAGGAGCUGCAGAUCGACGACAACGAAUACGCCUGCCUCAAGGCCAUCAUCUUCUUUGACCCAGAUGCCAAGGGGCUGAGCGACCCGAGCAAGAUCAAGCGGAUGCGGUACCAGGUGCAGGUGAGCCUGGAGGACUACAUCAGCGACCGGCAGCACGACUCGCGCGGCCGUUUCGGGGAGCUGCUGCUGCUGCUGCCGGCCCUGCAGAGCAUCACCUGGCAGAUGAUCGAGCAGAUCCAGUUCGUCAAGCUCUUCGGCGUGGCCAAGGUCGACAACCUGCUGCAGGAGAUGCUGCUGGGAGGCACGUCGAAUGACGGACCCCAUACGCACCACCCCCUGCACCCCCACUUGAUGCAGGAGAACAUGGGCCCCAACGUGAUCGUCGCCAACACCAUGCCCUCUCACCUCGCCAACGGACAGAUGUCCACUCCAGAGACUCCUCAGCCCUCCCCGCCGGCGGGCCCAGGUCCGGACCAGUACAAGCUGCUCCCCGGAGCCAUCGCGACGGUCGCCAAGCAGCCCGGCUCCAUCCCCCAGCCCGCCAUCGCCAAACAAGAGGUCAUCUAGCCGCCCCGCCCUGGGACCCCUUGGCCCACCGGGACCACCGCAGGGCCGGGAGCAGAUGGGUUGACUCCGGACCCCCGGAAGGUGGGGGGGGGCCCGUCUCUCGUGGACACACGCUUGACCCUGCCGGUCCAGGGGUCCGCUCCAGGAUGCCCCAACUGGACACCCGAGAACUAGAGCGAAACCGCUACGUGCCUGCUCUGUUGGGAACCCGCUGGGGGGUGGAUUGAGGGUGCACCGGAGGUGGACCAGGCCCGGAGGUUUCCUGGCAGCCUGCCUUUGCCCCCUCGGACAAUCCUCUCAAUGCCGAAGCCACCCCACUGCCUGUGCCCCCUCAACUCUCACCUCUAAGCCUAACUCCCAAGGGCUGUUGCCGGUGGGAGCUUCCCCUACGGCCUUCGUCCAGGUGGUCUUCAGCUGGCAGAUCCUCUUGGAAGCCUUGCUCUCUCCUCCUCCUCCUCCGGGGAGGCUUCGGAGCGGAGAAGACCGGACACGUGGACUGGAGUCUCUGCCUGCUUGUGUUGGGUCCCCUCCCCGCCCUAGCCCUGAUCUCUCACCCGGCCAGAGGUUGGCAUUGGCUGAGAAUGGUCCAGUCCGCUCAGGAACUGGCACGGAUCGGGCGGCUGAAGCGAUAAGCGGAAGAUCAUCCCCUUCUGCCCACUCUGGGCAUAGGGUGGGCGAUCCCUCGCACAAAUCCCUAGGGCCCGGGGAGGACCCCCUCAACCCACUCUGCCCUUCUCUCCCCCCUUUCCUGCUCCUACCACUCCUCAGAGGCUGAGAACCGGCUGUUCCCUCCUGACUCUGGUCCUCCGGCCGGUACCCAGAAAGGGGGUCCCCAUUGAUCUCCGGGGGUCGCUGAAGGCCAACCCGGGGCGAGGGGUGAGACGAGAGGGUGGAGGAUGGAGGGACGGAUGGAGCGGCGGUCCCGUGGUUGCCGUGUGGACUGACUGCAUCAGAGGGGUGGGAAGCGGGGGGAGAGGGCCGGGAGGGGGUCCCGGAGGCCAAGGGUCCGGCCCGAGUUCACCGAUCUGCCAGCGUGGAAGGGAGCCCACGCCGGAACUGGACCGGAGGUGGGAAGAAAGGCCCGAGAGAGAGAGACCUUCAGCCUCCUCUGGGACUGAAGUUGCUCUUUCCGGCACCUCUGCGGUGCUCCUGGUCCCCAGCUGCCGACAGUCCGGACCAGGUGCCCGUGGGCUCUCAGAAACCUCUGACCUCGGCCAGGCUCUGCAGGUUGGGGGAGAGGGGGUCUCCUGACAUUGUCUCCACCUCCGCCUUUGCUCUGCCUGGGCCGUUCCCGGCUCCUACCCCCAACGCACACCAGGACCGGAGUUUUGACCGGAACCGGCAGGCCCCGGGAGUGGCACGAAUCCAAGGAGGGUCCCCGAGGGAGCCACGCCCGCCUCCCCGGCCACGGGUCACCCACCCCUGUCCCUUUGGGCUGGUAAAGGGUUUGACAGGUGGAGGGGAGGACGGGUUGGGUCUCACCGCCCAGGUUGAAGCUUAGGAGUCGGAGUGCUCACGGCGGAGAAUGAGGACACUCUUCACUUCUCGAGGCCUCAGAGCCUAUAUGCCCCCUGACCCCUCUCCCCUCCGCUCUCCCUCUCUUCCCCUCCCCUCUCCUCCAGUCCUCCCCUCGCCCCCCCCCCGCCCUUUUCGGCCUCCCUCUCUCCCCCCCACUCCCCAGAGGCACUAGGGAAGGACCGUCCGGAUGGCGGGGGGGACUUGAUCGCGACGACGAAACCAAUCAUUCUGGCUAAAUUAUUUGUAAUUCUCCAUGAUCGCCUCUAAUUUCCAAAUGAAACGCAGUCGCUCCGCCGCUCUGGCACGAGGGCAGGGCUGAGCCCGGACAAAGCCGGAGGCCAGAGGCCACCCAGACUACCCCAGCCGCCUCUCCUGCCCUGCCAGCGCCGGCUUUCCAGUGGGAAAAAGAGCAUUCUCAACGGUGCUCUGGGUUUUAACAAAAGUGGGAAGGAAAGAAAUAAAUGCAAAUAACGUUUUCUAACUCUUCCUAAA